GCGAUUACACUUGGUCGCAGAUUGGUGUUGUGUUUUGGCGUGUCAAGUUUUUGGCGCCGUUGCCGGGGACCCUCUAGGUUAUUGGGGAAAUGUGAGAAUUUGUUACUCUAGCUUUUUAUUUACUGCAUUUUAUCUCUUCCACCUGUGUGCCUUCACGGGUUGUUUCUGCUGAUUGUGUGCAGGUAGUGCAUGACCCGUAGCCAGUCGGGAGAUCUACUACCACUAGACCAGGAGCUUGAACAAACCUGCAGAAACUUCAAGCGGGCUCUAAAGGCGCGACUGGCUGCGGAGGAGGCGCUAUCACAGCUGCAGUUAGAGGAGGAAGAAGAAGAGAUGGCUGAACCAGGGAACCAUGAUAUGAUCCCUGAGGAGCAAACCAUGGGAUCCUACUGCACCGCCAGAGCUGCGGACAUGAGGUCACCCAUUCAGCAUCCUCAUGUCCCAGCCAACAAUUUUGAGGUGAGCACCUCAGUAAUCACCAUGCUGCGCGGUUCAGUGGUGUUCCGUGGUAAGGAGGGGGAGUGCCCCCGAUCACAUCUCCGGCGAUUCCACGAGCUCAUUGAUGGAAUCAAGAUCAAUGGGGUACCCGCAGAUGCCAUCCAGCUGAGGUACUUCCCAUUCACUCUGGAGGGGCAGGCAAAGGAGUGGCUAGACACUCGACCUCCAGGCUCCAUCACCACGUUCGCCAACCUGGCGGACAAGUUCCUCACCCGCUACCAUCCUCCAUCCAAGACGGCGGACUUGCAGAAGCAGAUCACCCACUUCACCCAGGAUGAAGAUGAGACCAUCCGGGAUGCUUGGGAGAGAUACAACAGUCUCUUCCUCAGAUGUCCCAAUCAUGGUUUCAACGAUGCUUUCAAGGUGGGAACCUUCUAUCAUGCCCUCUUCCCGGAGGACAAGCAGCUGAUUGAUUCUGUCUGUGGCGGGAACAUGCUGACCAAAACACCGCCACAGCUGAAUCAACUCUUUGAGGAGAUGGCGGAGAACGGAUACGAUUGGGGCACUGCUAGGAGAUCGAGACGAGCACCAGGACGGGGUGUGCAUGCUGUAGGCACCCAGUCAUCUGAUUUGGUGCAGGUGGUAUCGAAGCUGGUGUCAGCUAUCGACCGUUCUGGUUUGAUUGCAGGUACAGGCCAGCCGCAGGCGAUGCUCUGCCAGUGGUGCGAGAGCACCCAUCACAUUGUGGAAGACUGCCAAGCGAUGAAGGAAUCGACAACACCCCAGGAGCAGGUGAACUUCAUCAACAAUGUUAGGCGCAACGACCCCUACAGUAACACCUACAAUGAGGGGUGGCGCCAGCAUCCUAACUUCUCCUGGGGUGGGGCAAAUUCCAGACCACCAGUUCCCCAGGGACCACCGGGCUUCCAGAGGCCACCAUAUCAGCCCAGACAGGGGAAAUUCCAGCAGCCACAGCAGUCUCUCUAUCAGCCCAUGCAGGGGCAUGCUGCUCCAUCACAGCCGCGACCUUUCCAGCAGCCAGGUGCAGCCCCUGCCGCCCCAGUGCAGAAUGAUCAGAUGGCUGAACUGCGGGAAUUGGUGGGUUCUCUGGCCACCUCCAGUGCGAACAAGUUCAAUAACAUCGAGCAAUUCAUGGAGAAAGCUUCAGGCAAAUUCUUGGAGCUAGAAGCUGGUCAGAGAAAUACACAGGCUGUGCUGCGGGAUAUACAGACCCAGCUUGGGAGUGUUGCCCAGGCUGUAGCACAAAGGGCCCCUGGUACCUUGCCCGGUCAGACCAUUCCUCACCCUCAGAACCCGAAUGAGCACUGCAAUGCCAUCAUGACCAGGAGUGGCAAGAUGACUAUUGAUCCACCUGCUCGGGAACAAGAGAGAGAGGCCCCUGCCUCGGCAUCUCCAGCAGCUGAAGCAGAAGCCGAGAAGGAGGUUGAGGUGCCUGCACCUAAACCGCAACCAGUAGUGAAGGAGUAUAUCCCUAAACUCCCCUUCCCUACUCGGUUGCACAAAGACAGGCUGGAGGCAGAGUUCGAGAACUUCAUGGCCAUGCUUAGGAAGCUGAAUGUUCAAGUGCCUUUCCUGGAGGCACUAUCUCAAAUGCCUAAGUAUGCGAAGUUCCUGAAGGAGCUUCUUUCAAAGAAGCAGAAGCUGAGCGAGCUGGCCACUGUGGAGCUCAGGGAGGAGUGCUCGGCCAUUCUGCAGAACAAGCUUCCGCAGAAGCAGAAGGACCCAGGUAGUUUUACUAUCCCGUGCUCUAUAGAGAAUUUGCAUGUAGAGAGGUCCUUGGCGGAUCUAGGUGCUAGUAUAAAUGUUAUGCCAUAUAAGCUGUUUAAGAAACUAGGCCUAGGUGAACCCCGUGCUACUAGGAUGAGUCUUCAAUUAGCUGACCGAUCUGUAGUGCAUCCUAGGGGCAUAGUGGAAGACCUUCUGGUUAAGGUGGGCAAAUUCAAUUAUCCUGUUGAUUUUGUGAUUUUGGACAUAAAUGAGGAUGUGAAUGUGCCAUUGAUACUAGGAAGGCCUUUCCUGGCCACCGCCAAGGCCCUCAUAGAUGUGCAUGAUGGGACCCUAGUUCUGAGGGAUGGUGAGGAGCGAAUAACAUUUUCAAUUUCUAAUACACAUCCUGCUUCCUCGCCUUUGCAUGCUGUAUCUCACCAGGAGCACGAGUCUGUCGUGUAUCCUCUUAUGCUGCCUAUUUUGCAGGAUCCGCCUCCCAUACCUUCGCCGCCACUCCCGUCCAAUCCGUCAUCGAAGGAACAAAUCAGUGAGGAAUGGCGGCCGAAACAGCAGGCAGCUAAGCCUGCUCGAAAGAAGGCCGGAGACCACUAUGAGCUGGUCCCGCCCCCACCUUGGCCAUCCGAGUAUUCACUCGCUUGCAUCCUGCCGGAUGGCCAAGUUGAGUUGGCAAAUGCUGGUGGCCACAUUCGGCGUGUGCAUGGCCACCAUUUGAAGCUGUACCUCAAGAGCGAGGUGGAUCCGCUCUUGAAGGCACCUGCUCCUUCACCUCACUGAGCACCCACUCACUGGCGUCCAGCUAAAAGACGGUAAAGAAGCGCUUGUGGGGAGGCAACCCCACCGAGGUUUGCAUUUUCUUACCUUUUUCUUUUUAAUUUUUUGUGUUUGUGAGUCGUGAGAUGCUGUUCCAGAGUCAAAUGUCGUUUUUGGGUGAAAACAGGUUGAAUUCGGGCCUCCAGCAGCUCACACGGCCAAGCCUGAAACUUACACGGCCGUGUGUACAAUAAAUUUGGCCGUGUGAG